AUUUGAAGUGCGUCAAGCAAAACGUGCCACAAAAACAUGGUGGCAGCUCAGUGAAGAGGGUGUACCUUACGACUAGUCAUUAUAAUAACAGAAGCUUAUUUAGCAGGAGUGUUUGAUACAAUUUGUAAACACCGUUUAAUAAGCUUCACACAAAACCGAGGAUGACGUCUGAAGAAACCCAAAUAUCUGAAGAACUGAAGGGAUGUUACGAGAAUCUUAUUGUAAUCGACAUUGGCGCGAACUUGACGAACAAGAAAUACGGCCGUGAUCUCGAUUCUGUCGUUCAAAGGGCAAAAGAUGCAGGUGUCCAAAAGAUAAUGGUCACGGGUACAUCAGUGAGAAACAGUAAGGAAGCCCUAAGAUUGACACGCCUCUACCCUAGCACAAUAUACUCGACAGCUGGUGUACACCCUCACGAUGCGAAGUCCAUGGUUGAAGAAGACAUGUGGGGCGACCUCCACGAGAUAGCGGCCGCGCCGGAGUGCGUCGCGGUCGGCGAGUGCGGCCUCAACUACAGCAAGGACUUCUCCGAGCCGCACGUUCAGCGGGAGGUGUUCAAACGACAGGUUGAAAUGGCAUGCGAACUACGGAAGCCCCUAUUCGUUCACGAAAAAGAAGCCCAGGACGACUUAAUAAAAAUUCUAGACGAGUUUGGGAGUCGUCUACCAGCGGUGGUCAUCCACUCCUUCACCGGUUCAGUUGAACAAGGUCUAAAGUACAUCGAAAAGGGCUACUAUUUGGGCAUUACGGGAUACAUUUGUAAGGACAAAUCUGACGGCGGAAUUAGAAGGCUGUUGUCUGAAAGAUUGCUGCCCCUUGAUAAGUUGCUGGUUGAAACUGAUUCGCCGUUCAUGUACCCGAAUAUGAGGGCUUCCAAGCUGCCGUUGCAUGUGAAGGACUCUUUGACUGAGAGAUCAAUGAACUUCGUGAACCGCUACUGCACCUUCCAGAGGAACGAGCCGUGCGCCCUCCCGGCCAUCGUGGAGCUGGUGGCCGGCUUCCUCGGCCAGAAGCCGGAGGACGUCGCCCUCGCCACCGCCUUCAACGCACUCAAACUGUUCGGACUCAGCCAGUGAAUAUGAUGUGUACCCUCUUACGAAUAUACCGAGAUUGAGGGCGUAAGGUGAAUAGAGGCAAAAUUUUGCUGGAGACAAGUUUUGGAAGGUAAAGAAUUGAUUUUGAUGAAACUAUUUGGAGGCAGCUUAAAGUUGAAAGACGGAAAUAACAAAACCUGAAAUUUUGUCUCUAUUUACUGACACGGGGAUUUUGCAUAAUAUAUACAAGCGUUGAUUAUUUGUAAACGAGAUAUUUUGAUAAUGAUAUUUUAAAGUUGUUAGGAGCGAGUAAGAGGGUUCUAAGAAUCGAGAUUGUGCCUUAAGCGUAUACAGUGCCUUCAUACAAUGAGAUACCUUCAGAUAUUUAGAGCUAUUUAUUAAUUAGCUCGUAUUGUUUCUUCAAACGUCAUUCUAUAAUUCGUGAUUUAAUUAAUUAUGAAUUAAAAUUACUAACUCGAAGAAAUAAUACUCAUGAUCAAUGUUAACAUGCAUUUCGAUAUUGACGAUAAACGAUUUUUUUUUUGGACAAUGAAGCGAUUUAUAUUGCUAAGAGGCUAUAGGGUAUGGCAACACCAGACAAAUGAAACUUGGCGUAAUGGCCAGUGAAAUAUACUAUAAUACCUACUAACACGCAGUCUUGCCAUUUAAGAAAAUUAACAUUAAAUGUUGCCCCUCUAUCAUAAGUGUUGCAAGAUUCUUGAGAAAAAGGUGUACUUGACUGGAAUUAAAUAGUAUUAUAGAAGUUGGUAAAGAAAUGUUUAAGAUGUAUGACAUCAUUAUUGGUUUAUUUAUUUUUAGAUUAUGAUUUGUAAUGAUUGUUAAAAUGACAAUGUAGAAAUGACUCAGUAUACCAGUCGAGUAUAACCUAGAAAAUAAAAAGAAAAAUCAACUACGCAAUUUACAAAAGCGUACCUGAAAGGGCCAAGUCUAAAAUUGCCAUUUUACUGUACUUGGUUAUUCGCAUAAUAGAUUUACUAUUAUUUAGUUUACUUGUGUACUUGUGGCUUAUUAUACGCACGCGCCUUUAAUCCGGUGGCAAUUAGGUUAUAGUCAGACUGAUCUCAGUAAAACCGUGUUUGAAGUAUAUUCCACAUUUCCCAGCGUUGUUCGACGCGUCUAUGACAUUAUUUUUAAUACUAUAUAGUUCAUUUUUGCGUAAUUAUAUUAAUAUAGACUUAGUCAAUGUAAACGAUGUUUGAUACUAACCCUUGUGUAAUGUAGUUUUUAAGGCGAUUUGUGAUUGAGACGGAUAAUUGUCUAUCGUAAAUAAAUGUUGUCUUAAGAUUAAGUGGAAAGCUGUAUGAGAAUGUAGGAAUAUUAUUUUUUUACACGACUUCCCGUAGGCAUAUAAUAACGUUCUUGUACAGUUUUUCCACUUAUACCCUAUUUGUGUACGUACUUAAAAAGGUAAACAAACAUGGUGCGUCAUUUUGUUAAAAAUAAAAAAGGCCAAAUCAAAUAUAUCACUGAAUUUGUGAUUGUACAAAAAGACACACCAUAAAUCCUCUAUUAUAAGGUUGUCUACCUUUAUAAGUAUCUAUAUAAAAGGAGUAUAUCAACGAAUCGGCCGUCUUGCCUGCGUAUGCGCAAAAGUGAACUGUUUCCCUGUGAGCCCAUUUCAUGAACCUAUUGCCAUCAACUUGUGCACGGUGUUAGGUGUCUUUAGUUAUUCUCGCUCUGCGCAGAGCAUUCCUAAUCGAAUUACAAUAUUUAUAUUAUCAUCGAAUAUUUGUAAAUAGUUUGAAAAUGUUUAAUAAUAAUUAUUUAAUGUAUAGUUUUAAUUUAAUGCUGGUAGUCACAACGAAAUCAAAGACUGCAAGUAUUAAAACGUGAGCUUGACAUGUUAAGUUGUUUAUGUUUUUUGUAUCGAUAUUUUUUACGUAUUUAAUCGAUUAUAGGAGUACUGUUAUUUCUUUAUUUUUUGACAAUCACUUUGUUGUAGUUUGUAAGUGUGUGGCGGGCUGUCCGAGUGUAUAUAGAUCGGUAUAUGUAGCGAUGUACAGUAUACGUAGGUAUACGCUGCCUUCCGGCGCGGUCCGCCCUUUGCGAUGUAGUGCCUUCAAUGAAACGUCCUUUUGUGAUACAAUAUUUUCAUAGAAUGUACAGAUUAUUUCUUUCAAUAUACAAUUAAAGAAAUUA